GCUACCAGAGAUGCAGUAGUAGGCUUCACAAAAUUCAGAUUUAACAGAUAAACACAGAUUACCCUUGCUGUAUUUUCACUUACAAAUAUCAUUUAAGGGGGAAUUGGCAUACAGACGACCCCCGGUUUGUAUUUGAAUAAGGCUAUUUCGAACAUUUCAAAAGAAAGAAAAACAUCUUGAUCAUAUAGCCGAAACUGUUUUUUUUUUUCUCACUUUGCACCGCUCAGCCUGACCAAAAACAACAUCAACAAACUAAACAAACGUUGCAUUCGAUCAACAGAGCUGAGGUUGGGUGAAUUUCACAGACGGCUUCAAAUAAGAAUCCCCCCCUCUUCCUAGCUGUGUUUGCCGGGUGGAUCAAUGCUUAUAGCGCACUGUUCAUUUCAAACUCAUCUUACGCGGAGUCCGCUAUUCGCUUCCUCUGAGUACCUGGGUCGCAUCUAUCAGGCAAGGCCCAUACCAGUAGCCCACUGCGAGGGGUACCAGAAGAUGGAUAUGUAGUUUGGACUAUUACCGAUCAGUCGGUCUGGUUGGAAUGUUGGUGGUCUAGCAACUGGAGUAGGAAAAUUAUCAUCCUCCCUAGUAGCUUACUGCUGUUCUCUACGCUGCCUUGGUGUUUUUGAAGAGGCCUGAAAGCACAAAAUGUCGACCAGAACGCCAUUGCCCACUGUGAAUGAACGCGAUACCGAAAAUCACACAUCCGUGGAUGGCGGCCCAGAGCCCCCCGCCCCUCCCACCAAGUCUGGCAGUCGGCAGAGCCUGCCCCGGUGCAGGAACUCGGUGACCUCCAUCACAGAUGAGCAGCCUCACAUCGGCAACUAUCGACUGAUGAAGACUAUUGGCAAGGGCAACUUUGCCAAAGUGAAACUGGCACGCCACUUGCUGACAGGGAGAGAGGUAGCCGUAAAGAUAAUUGACAAGACACAGUUAAACCCAACUAGUCUACAAAAGCUCUUUCGUGAAGUAAGGAUUAUGAAGAUCUUGAAUCACCCUAAUAUUGUUAAAUUAUUUGAAGUGAUUGAGACGGAGAAGACCCUUUAUUUAAUAAUGGAGUAUGCCAGUGGAGGAGAAGUGUUUGACUACUUGGUUGCACAUGGGAGAAUGAAGGAAAAAGAAGCCAGAGCAAAGUUCCGUCAGAUUGUAUCAGCUGUGGAAUAUUGUCAUCAAAAGAGGAUAGUUCACAGAGACCUCAAGGCUGAGAACCUGCUCCUGGACGCAGACAUGAAUAUUAAAAUAGCCGACUUUGGUUUUAGUAAUGAGUUCACCAUUGGCAGCAAGCUGGACACAUUCUGUGGCUCCCCUCCCUACGCUGCCCCUGAGCUCUUUCAAGGCAAAAAAUAUGACGGGCCCGAAGUGGACGUUUGGAGCCUGGGGGUCAUCCUGUACACGCUGGUUAGCGGCUCGCUGCCUUUUGAUGGACAAAACCUCAAGGAGCUGAGAGAGAGGGUGCUACGGGGAAAGUACCGUAUUCCCUUCUACAUGUCUACAGACUGUGAGAACCUGCUGAAGAAACUCCUGGUCCUCAACCCUGGCAAGCGGGGCAGCCUGGAGCAAAUCAUGAAGGACCGCUGGAUGAACGUGGCCCAUGAGGAGGAGGAACUCAAGCCCUACACAGAACCAGAGCCCGACUUCAAAGAUCCAGACAGAAUAGAGCUGAUGGUCACUAUGGGCUUCCCAAAGGAUGAGGUCACAGAGUCACUCGUGGGCCAGAAGUAUGAUGAGGUCAUGGCCACAUACCUGCUGCUGGGAAGGAAACACGCUGAGUUUGAGGGGAGUGAAUCACUGUCCAACCUCAAUUUGUGCCAGAGGACUCGGCCCAGCAGUGACCUCAAUAACAGCUCUGGCCAAUCACCUGCCCACACCUCAAAAGUCCAGCGCAGCACAUCGGCCAGUCAGAAGCAACGUCGCUAUAGUGAUUAUGUGGCGCCCUCCGUCCCCCCAGCCGUGUCCUACACCAAGCGGGUGCAGGCCAACAGUGUGGAGGGGGAGAAGAAGGAAGACUGGGACAAUGGGCGUAAGCUGCCCACCUCCAGCUCCAAGGGAGAGAUGGCCGCCUCUCCACUGGUCACCCAGGAGCACCGGAGGUCCACCACAGCCUCAGGGAGCAGUGCAGCAGGAGCGAUGACACGGAGGAACACGUAUGUGUGUGAGCGCUCCAGCACCGAGCGCUACUCGGCCAUUCCCAACGGCAAGGACAGCAGUUUAAGUGAGAUGUCUGCCUCAGCUAGUGGCACAUCCCCAUCCUCAGGCAUGGCAUCCACACGGUCACGCCACAUGAAGUCCAUGUCCGCCUCUGGGCACCCUGUGAAGUCCCCCCUGCCUCCCAUUGAGGACAACGCCGAGUACAAAGGCUCGAGCACACGCGCCCCCACGGCCUCCCCUUCGGCCCACAGCAUCAGCAGCAGCACGCCUGACCGCACACGGUUUCCGCGGGGCACGUCCAGUCGCAGCACUUUCCACGGUGGGCAGCUCCGGGACCGACGCAGUGCCACCUACAACGGGCCGCCCGCCUCGCCCUCUCUCUCCCACGACACUGGAGCUCUCGCCCAAGCGCGCCGCGGCACCUCCUCGGGCAUCAUCAGCAAGAUCACCUCCAAGUUUGUGCGCAGAACUCUCUCUUUCAGGGUGACUCAGAGGGUUCCCAGUGAGGGUGAAGCCAGAGCCAGGACUGACAGCCUGAGGAGCACGUCUGGUGAGCCCAAGGAAGAUGGCCGUGACUCCAAGCCGCGCUCCCUGCGUUUCACCUGGAGCAUGAAGACCACCUCCUCGAUGGAGCCGUCAGACAUGAUGCGUGAGAUCCGCAAGGUGUUGGACGCCAAUAACUGUGACUACGAGCAACGGGAGCGCUUUCUGCUCUUCUGUGUCCACGGUGACGCCCGGCAGGACUGCCUGGUCCAAUGGGAGAUGGAGGUGUGCAAGCUUCCCCGCCUCUCGCUCAACGGUGUGCGCUUCAAGAGAAUAUCUGGCACCUCCAUCGCCUUCAAAAACAUUGCCUCCAAAAUAGCCAAUGAGCUGAAGCUCUGAAGGGAGAAAGUGACCCAGUAAAAAAUGGAGCUAUGAAGCUAGACAUGGAGAGA